ACUUCAUCAGAAGCUCAUCUCAGGUCGGCUCCCGCGUGGAAGAAAUGAAGAGGCCCAUUCAUAACCUGCGAAAAUGACGGUUUAUCCAAACGAGACUCAAUGAACUGGAAAAACCGGAAGCUGUUUAAUCUGACCGUAAAUGUGAUUUUGUUUUAAAUGACAUUAAAAGUCUAAAUUAUUAUAACGGCAUUGAAGAAACUACGGACACUAAAGACGUUUGGCACUAAAGACGAGUAAAGCACGCUUGUUUUUGGAGGCGUUAAGUGUCGCCACACCUCUAAACGCCCGCGGCUGUGAGGUGAGGUAUGUUGUCAAACUGGAAUGUCGCGUACGUGAUGAGUUUCGCUGUAAAUGAAACAGGUGAAUGUGAACGAAGUUUUAAUCAAAACCCUCGAAUAUGCGAAUUCUUGGUAGUGACCAUCUAGAUAUAACAGUUUACACCACCAAGACGGGAAAUCUCUGGAGAAGUCUGAAAGCGUUUUAGCCUAUGGUUUUAGCCCUCAAGGUUUACUUGUCCGGAGCACUAGAGAGAAUAAAGAAGGUAUAAUGCUGGGGUUCUCAGUAAUAUGCUUGAGCUUACUAUCCCUGCUGCAUCUUGUUUGGGGCAGAGUGAUUUACAACGAAAAUGAUGUUUUCCUUGAAGAGAAGUCAGCAGGUUCAUUUCUGUCCCGUAAACUGUUGUAUAACAGUUGGGAUUUCGAGGCAGUGGUGCCUGGCAAUCUAGAGAGAGAAUGCAUCGAGGAAAUCUGCUCGUAUGAAGAGGCCAGAGAAGUGUUUGAAGAUGACAAAAAGACGGCAGCUUUUUGGAAAGACUACGUCAACAGUCAUCAGAAGUUGACUGAAGUUGAUGUGGCUGGUCUGUCAGCUGGCAUCGUGGCUGCUGUAUUGGUAGUGGUUAUAGCCACUGUGCUGGGCGUUUAUUGCUACAAGAACAGAGGCAAAAAUGCAAGAGGGGGCAGUGUUCCUGUGCAAAUGGGAGAGGACGGGCGGCCAGUUCCUGAAUCCGUGCCCCUGUCUGGUAUUGUGCCUGCAGGUCUCCCCUCAUACAAUGAGGCUCUGACCCACAGUGGCCAGCAUGACGCACCUCCACCGCCAUACUCCGGGACGACUCCAACUGCACCACCGUAAUCUCAAAAUGAGGAAUGAGCAAUGAUUUUUUAAAGAAAAAUUUUACGAGUUGGAUUUUAUUUCACUGGUGAACGGAGUGCGCGGCUACAUUGAGGCUUCGAGAUGGUGGUCAUGCGCCACAGACAAAUGUAGUUUCAGUCACUGUUUGGCUAACUUAUUCCACUUGGGCUGUCUGUUUAGCGGCUUGCCUUGUUUAUUACAUUAUUUUGCUACCAAAGGUUUUAUUGUGAAUUGCCAAUGUUUUCAUGAAUCAAGUUUGCGUCAUCUUUAAAUAGUUGUUUAGACAUUUUAAAUGUUCAUUGUUAAUAAAAAUAACUAAACAAGCCUU